AUGGCAAACCGCUGGUUACCCAACAUUGAGUCCAAGACUAAGCCAAAUGAAGUUGAAAACGAUGACUUGGAACUGCAGGAGGAGGAUAUGUGGCUCGGGUUCAUGGAGAAAAGUGAGGAUCCCAAGGAGCCUGUGAAGAAGCUUCCAAAACCUGUGUCCUUUUCCUGGCCGCCUUCCAAAUCACUUUCUGCAUGGGGCUCGGAGGCUUCUGCCACUCCGAAGAUGAAUCUGGAAGGGUUGAAGAGCUGGGAGAAGAAGAGUAAGAAGUGCGGCGUGGAGAAGCCAAUAGCCGGGGUGAAGAUUCCGGAGAAAACUAAGAAGUGUGUUGCUGAUGACGUGGGGGGCGAUGAAAUGAUUCCGCCUCAUGAGAUUUUAGCUAUGAGGACUGCGAGUAGGAGGAUGACGGCCGUGGUGGCGUACUCGAUGGUUGAAGGGAUUGGGAGGACUCUCAAGGGGAGAGAUCAGUGCAAUUUCAGAAAUGCGGUUUUUCUUCGAACCGGUUAUCUCGACUAG